AUGUAUGAUAGGAGUGGGGAUAAAUAAAUAGAAUCUGUAUUGUAGCUAGUAUAAAACGCGCCGAUCGACUUGCUGAAAGGUUUAGUCAAGGUUGAGAGCUCUCUGUUCCCAUUUGUUCAAGCAACAUGAUCGGAUUAAAGAAAAAGAAGCUUCUAAUAUUUGGGGUGAGCAUCGCUACAAUUCUAUUUAUGGUCCUAACGAUAAUAAUCGUAUUAUUCGUUAAUAAUUCAGAAACGAUCUCUAAUGGAAGCUCAUACUUUGGAAGAUACAAAAAGGCUGCAGUGUCCACACAUGGUCAAGAAUGCGCUGAGAUAGGUGUAGGCAUGUUAAAUAAAGGUGGAUCGGCAGUCGAUGCGGCUAUUGCUGCCCUCUUAUGCGAGGGAGUUGCAUCUUUACAUAGUAUGGGAUUGGGCGGUGGAUUUUUAAUGACCAUUUGGGAUGCAUCUAACAAAACUGCCGAUUAUUUGGAUGCAAGGGAGAUCGCUCCACUUGAUGCAAAUGAAAACAUGUUUCAGGGAGAUCCUCAAUUAGCGAUGUUUGGCGGUUUAGCCGUUGCAGUACCGGGCGAACUUCUUGGGUAUUGGGAAGCUCAUAAAAAAUAUGGAAAAUUGAAAUGGUUCGACCUAUUCCAGCCGAUUAUUUCUCUGUGCGCCACUGGAUCUAUCGUGACUAAAUAUUUGGAAUCAUAUUUGACCAGUAAAGAAUCUUCGAUAAGAGCGGAAAAAUCGUUGGCCGAAAUCCUUAUAAAUCCUACUACCAAUUCGUUAUGGAAGGUAGGCGAUAGAAUAAAAAGACCACGUUUGGCAGAAACGUUAAAAUUGAUCGCGGUUAAUGGACCCGAUAUAUUUUACAAUGGCAAUAUGACUGAUAAUUUAGUCAAAGAGAUCAGUGCUUUCAAAGGUAUCAUAAAGAGGGAGGAUUUCGUAAAUUAUAAAGUAAAAUGGAGGAAACCGAUUAAAUCAACAAUCGGGAAUUUAACCAUCUAUACCGCACCGCCACCUAGUUCAGGAGCGCUGCUAACUUUUAUUAUGAAUGUUCUCUACGGUAUAAUUCCAAAUCAGGAUAAUCGAAUUACAUGGCAAAAUAUAAUCGAGACGUUUAAAUGGGCUUAUGCUAAAAGAACGAAAUUAGCUGAUCCUGAUUUCAUUGAUAUCACCCAAGUACUUAAUAAUUUGACAUCUGUCGAUUAUGCAAAUAUGAUUCGAAAGAAAAUUAAAAUAAACGAGACAAGUAACGAUCCGACUUAUUAUGGUGCUAUUACUGUUCCACCAGACGAUUCAGGAACGUCUCACAUCUCCGUUUUGGCUCCCGAUGGAUCUGCUGUAUCUGUUACAUCAACGAUAAAUCAAGUUUUUGGAGCAAUGAUACGUUCAGAAUCGACUGGCAUAAUAUUUAAUGAUGAAAUGGAUGAUUUUAGCUCCCCAAAUAUAACUAAUGCAUUCGGUGUACCACCUUCGCCAGCAAAUUUUAUUAAGCCUGGAAAAAGACCUUUGAGUUCUAUGAGCCCGACAAUUGUUGUAGAUAAAGAUGAACAUGUCCGCUUAGUAAUUGGUGCUGCAGGUGGAACUAAAAUCAUCACCUCAAUUGCAACAGCAAUGAUAUUAAAUCUUUGGUCAGGAUAUGAUAUAAAACAAGCUAUUGAUGUACCUAGAAUUCAUCAUCAACUAUUACCAAUGAUUGUUCAAUAUGAACAAGGAUUUUCUACAGACAUAUUAAAUUAUUUAUCGAAUAUUGGACAUAAUAUUACAACUUAUACGGGAAUUGGUAGUGCAAUUACGGCUAUAUCUAAACAAAAUGGACAAAUAUUUGCUACUUCGGAUUUUCGAAGAGAAGGAAAAACUGCUGGUUUUUAAGUAAUUAUUUAAGUUUUUUUACCCAUCAACAAAAUAGCAAAUAAAAUGACUCAGUGCAUAGAUAAAAUAAUAAUAUUGCUAUAUACGCAAGUGAUACGACAUUGUUGUGAUAAAAUAUUAGUUUAUCUUCUUUUAAUAAUGCAAUGCACAUAAUCUAGCUAUGAAAACUGUAAGUCUCAAAUGAUCGUUGCGAGUCUUAUAAAUGCCGCAUCCUAGUGUAUAUCUGUAUUCUAUAAUAAAUAAUAAUUCUUUGAUCAAAGAAAUGUGACAAUAGAAUCUUAAAAAAUUAUUUAAAUAAGAAGUAUUAGUGUAUAUAUAUAUAUAUAUUUGUAUAUAUAUAUAUAUACACACAUAUAUCGAUAUAAAAUAAAUUUUAAAUUAAUUUUUUUAAAGUAUUCGAAAAAUAUAAGUAUCAAGUAAUAUUAAUAUUGUUACAUGUAAAACUAUUUGCUAAAGGUGUAAAUUUAAAUGUAAAAUAAAUGUUAUGUGUAUAUUAAUAAUUUAUCUUAAAAAAA